GGUCUCACUUUGAAAACUACAUUUUUAUAACGCAGAAAGUGCAACCGUGGGACGCUGUCUUGUCCUGUGGCUUAGAUUGUUCGCCUGUGAAUUGUGAUCCCUCUGUCCAUCUCUCCCUCUCUCUCUCUGCAUUGAUGUCAGUAGAAGAACCCGUGACCUCUCCCUCCCAUGUCACCAUUUCUCUAAUUCGAUAUCACUUUCCACAUAAAACAAGAAAACUAACCUAUAUAUAAAUCCACACAGAGGCCAAUUUCUCUUGCGCUUCAUGACUCUCAAUUCCCCAAACACCAGCACUUCUUUUCCAACAAUCUUACAUUUUCAUUUCUAUUCUCUUUCUGUUUCUGCUUCAGUCACUGCAUUCUAUUCUAUCAUUCUUGAAAAUGUCUAAUUUUCAGCACAUGCUUUACAGUUUCUUUGUUAUUUUUCUUCUUCUCUGUUCGAGCCAGACCCUGUGCCACACCAGGAAAAUUCGACCCGGGAAAUCCCCCCUGAAGCAGUUUUCUGUGAAUAUGACACAGACCCAAUUCUCAGAACAGCAAUUCAUGAAGUGGGUCAGAUUUGUUGGCAGCCUCAGGCACUCCUUUUUCAAAAUUGCGAAGAACAAGCUCAUUCCUUCUACCACUCUCACCGUCGACAAGAAUCCGGCCACUGGAGACUUCACGUCUAUUCAAGACGCCAUUGAUUCGCUUCCUUUGUUUAAUGUUCUUAGAGUUCUCAUCAAGGUCCACGCCGGAAUUUACACGGAGAAGGUAAGUAUUCCUCCAUUUAAAGCCUUCAUAACCAUACAAGGAGCAGGGGCGGAUAAAACAAUUGUUCAGUGGGGAGACACAGCUGACAAACAUGGGCCAAGAGGACUACCUCUUGGGACCUAUGCUUCUGCAACCUUUGCUGUUAAUUCCCCUUACUUCAUCGCCAAAAACAUCACAUUCAAGAACACCGCACCUACACCACCGCCGGGAGCAGUGGGGAAGCAGGCAGUGGCAUUCAGAAUAUCAGCAGACACAGCAGCUUUUGUGGGGUGUAGAUUUUUGGGCGCUCAAGAUACUCUGUAUGAUCAUCUGGGCAGGCAUUAUUAUAAAGAUUGCUACAUUGAAGGCUCUGUGGAUUUCAUCUUUGGCAAUGCCCUCUCUCUCUUUGAGGGGUGUCACGUGCAUGCGAUAGCGCAGAACACAGGGGCCGUAACAGCGCAGGGGAGGAGCAGCCUAUUGGAGGACACGGGGUUCUCCUUCGUGAACUGCAAGGUCACGGGGUCAGGAGCCCUCUACCUUGGGAGAGCAUGGGGUCCCUUUUCUAGGGUUGUCUUCGCCUACACUUACAUGGACAACAUCAUCAUCCCCAAGGGCUGGUAUAACUGGGGUGACCCAAAUCGCGAACUGACUGUGUUUUAUGGGCAGUACAAAUGCACAGGGCCAGGAGCAAGCUUUGCAGGGAGAGUGUCAUGGGCAAGGGAGCUCACUGAUCAGGAAGCCAAGCCUUUCAUUUCACUUUCCUUCAUUGAUGGCUCUGAAUGGAUCAACAUUUUGUGACAAUCAUCCUCACAUAUUUUUCAUAGAAUAUUAAAUCUUUGUAAUUAAUUAUUGAUCCAUCUUAAUUGAAUUAAUAAUAAUUUAUAAUUUGCCCAAUA